AGUUUUUGACAGUACGAUUUAAACUUUGCGGAGUGAGUUUGUGGUAAAAAUGUGUUUGUGAAAAUUAAAUAAAUAAAAAUCCGAUACAUGUACUUCUUGAUAAAUAUGUGUAUUUUGUGAAUAUAGUUUGUGUGUGAAAUAUUAAGUGAAAGGGUUUACGUUUUUGGUAAUAAGAUGGCAGAAAUAAUAUUCCAGCGGCGAAAAGCAGCGACAGUUCUCAACGAACCGAAUCCCUUAUUGAUACUCCUGUUAGCAUGUCUGUUGCAAAUCACCGCCUCGCAAGUGAUCAACAGAGCGCCACACUUUAUACCCCAGACUGGGGAUAUGACGCAGUUCAGUCUGCCAGAAGAUACACCAGUUGGGACACCGGUUUAUCGUUUAAAAGGCGAGGACCCCGAAGAUGGUCAACUAACGUAUUCUAUCUCGGGCCAGUACUUCAGCGUGGAUUCACUAACUGGCGUGGUGACGCUGGCUAGGAGCCUGGACCGUGAGGAACAGACAGCUUUGGAAGUCAUCAUCAGUAUAACAGAUGAAGGAAUAGCGAACACGGAGCCAAACACAGUGUCACUAAGGAGAGUAAUCCCAGUCCGGGAUGUAAAUGACAAUCCCCCAGUGUUCCACAACCGACCGUACAUCGUCAACAUUAGUGAGGCAACUCCUGUUGGUACGGAGAUUGAGGUAUCUCCGAAAAUCCGAGUGACAGAUCGUGAUGAAGGAGAAAAUGCAAUAAUCAAAGUCACCUGUUCCACUGAAGAAAAGGGCAGUGAUGCUGAGGCUUGUGCAACAUUUAAAAUUGUUACGGAAAUGGUGAAUUCCAAUGAAUACGAGGUCCGUAUAUUUUUAUCUCGACCGUUGGAUUUUGAAUCUCGUUCGGCGUAUGUACUAAGUCUGAGCGCCCGCGAUGGCGGAGUACCGUCGAAGCGAACAACAGCGAGUGUUGCGGUCGCAGUGAGAGAUGUACAGGACCAACCACCGGACUUUGUUAAUGCGCCCUACUCCGCUACAGUACCUGAAAAUACACCACCUAAUACAAUUAUAAUGGAAAUAAUAGCUAAAGACGGAGAUACGGCGAACCCACGACCAGUUCUAUUGACCCUCGAAGGCGACACUCAGCAGUACUUCAAGUUGUUGCCCGAGAGGCCAGUCGGCCGCGCUACACUGGUCACUACUGAUGUACCAAUCGAUCGGGAGAGCGAAGCUGUUAUGCAAAACGGAGGAGUGUACAGUUUUCAAGUAAAGGCGACAGAAUUAAUAAAUAAUGAAGUACCAUCCGAUUAUACUGUAACAACGAUUACGAUAAUCGUAACCGAUGUUGACGACCAUGUACCGAAAUUCAACCGCGAUGUUUAUGAUGUCUCGAUACCGGAGAAUAUCGAGAACGGCAGCCCCAUCCCUGGCCUUUCAAUUUACGUCGAAGACGAUGAUAUUGGACAGAACAGUAAAUACGAUUUGAAAUUACGCGACGUUUACAAUUCUCAUGGAGUAUUUUCUAUUACUACUGAACAUGGCGAAGGAAGGACACCUAUUAGUAUAAAAGUUAGGGACACUACACGUCUAGAUUAUGACGUUGAUGAUGAAGAUAAGAGACUUUUCAGUUUCGAUAUAGUUUCAUCAUCAGGUGAUAUCGAAUUAUCAUCAGCUAGAGUUAACGUCAAACUACUAGAUGUUAAUGAUAAUGCACCGUCUUUCGAACAGACAACUUAUAAUUUUGAAGUAACAGAAAAUGCGACAAUAGACACAAAAAUUGGUGAUGUCCAAGCAACUGACAAGGAUUAUGGAAUUUUCGGUGAAAUUGAAUAUUCACUCACAGGAUUCGGUUCGAAUAAUUUUAAAACUGAUUUAAAUAAAGGAGGCUUGUUUGUUGGUAGUCCUCUUGAUUAUGAAACACAGAAGAGUUACAGUCUAACGCUAGUUGCUAAAGACGGUGGAGGCAAGGUGUCGAGUACUAGUGUUUUUAUUGAUGUUUUGGAUGCUAACGAUAAUGCGCCUGUUUUUGAAGCCGCGGAAUAUAGUCGAACGAUAAGAGAUGGAGCAACGAGUUUUGAACCACAAUUCGUUGUUAGGGCGACAGACGCCGACGGGCCAACACAAGGCGGCGGUCGCGUGCGUUAUUCUCUGGUGUCUGACAACAGUAUUGCACACAAAGGGCAAGUGUUCGCAAUCGACGAGGACUCCGGGGAGAUAACUAUAUUGGACAAGGUUCAGACUAUGGAUACACCUCGAGGACAAUACGAGUUAGUCGUUAGAGCUACUGAUUAUGGUGUACCACAUUUAUCCAACGAUACUCGGGUGUACAUCCGAGUCGGGGUCCCCGGAAACCAACGGCCAACUUUCAAAGGCAAUUACCAUCACUACCAUUACACCGCGGGCCACCAUCCUACCGCCUCUGAGGAAUUAUCCCUUGAACUAAAUCCUAUGAACUAUCAGGCUUCUGUGAAAGAAAACUCUCCUCCGGGACACAAAGUGACCACGGUAUUAGCAAAUGAUCCCGACGGUUUAGACGAUUUACUGACCUACCAUAUUGUUUCCGGUUCGAAGGACAAUUUUGUAAUUGAUGAGAAGACUGGUGUUAUAACAAUAUCGAAUGAUGCAAAUCUCGAUAGAGAUUUAAAUCCAGAACGAUACGAAAUUAUUGUCUCAGCAGUAGACAGCGGAACACCUAUCCCAGAAACCGCUACCACGACUGUAUUCGUCACAAUCCAAGAUGUUAAUGACAAGCCACCUGUAAUCAACUCCACACAAACAACAACAUACAUAUCAGAAAGAACUAAAAUAGGCGACAAAGUGACUACAAUCAACGCAUACGAUACCGAUUUGGAUGCUAAAUUAAAAUACAGCAUCGUAGAACCUAUUAAAGCGUUAUCUAAAGCAGGCAUCCAAUUAAAAUCUAAUUCACCGUAUAAUUACAAAACUACCUUUAGUAUUGAUGAAGAUUCUGGAGAGAUUUUUGUCAAUGGUACAUUAGAUUAUAAUCAAGCAUCAAUAGUAAUAUUAACAAUUAAAGUAACAGACAUGAAUGCGGAGGUCAAUAAAGAAAAGCAGUUCGCUUUAACUGAACACACAAUAUAUAUACAACCUUAUAAUGAUAAGAAUCCACAAUUUACUAACCCAGGUUGGACUAAUUCUAAACCUGUGAUAUAUCACAAAGUUAAAGAAGACCAACCAAUAGGAAGUACAGUUUUAAUUCUAAUGGCAGAAGAUCCUGUAUCAGGACAUUUGAUUUCCAAUUUUAAAGUGAUUAAUUCUGAAACUGGGUUGUUGCAAGUAGACCCGUUGAGUGGACAAGUAGUUUUAACUAGGCAUUUGGAUUAUGAGGAACUGACGUCACCAAAUUUAACGCUCACUGUACAAGCGACCAGUAAUGAUGGAAGCAAACACAGUAAUGCUAAAAUUAUUAUCGAAGUUGUUAACAUUAAUGAUAAUCCCCCUAUAUUUGAAAAGGAGCUAUACAAAAUGAGCGUUCUUGAAUCAGUAACGUACCCGGAACAGUUAAUUAUUGUUAAAGCCAACGACGCUGACUUAGUGCUGACUGACGAGGAUCGGCGGAAGGGUUAUUCUGAUGUUAGAUAUCUCUUGAGAGGAGAUAAUUAUGAUUUAUUCGUCAUUGAUAAUGUAACAGGAGUAAUACAGGUGGCACCGAACAAAACUUUGGACCGGGAGCGUCAGUCAGUGCUGCGGUUGGAGCUGGUGGCGCUGGACACGCCGCUCGGGGGCGCAGACCAGCUCAAGACGACCGUGCCCGUGCUCGUGGAUGUACUCGACGUCGACGACAACCCGCCCAGCUUUGACAGAAAUCUCUAUACCGCUGUUGUGCCGGAAAACGUCCCGCCCGGCUUUAGCGUGAUUAACGUAACUGCUACUGAUCCUGACGAGGGCCUCGGCGGAGAAGUUCACUACGAGUUUCUGGACGAAGGAGAAGCUAAAGAUUUGUUUACAAUCGAGAGUAUGACUGGCGAGGUGCGCAGCCGCGCGCUGACGGGGCGCGGCCGCACGCAGCCGUACUCGCUGGCGGUGCGCGCGGCAGACCGCGGCGGGCACUCCGCGGUGACGGAGCUCACGCUGUACGUGGGUGACGUCAGCGCCAACGACGGCGUGCCGCGCUUCCUGCGCCCCGCCGACACGGACACCCUACAUAUUGCUGAGAACGCGACUAUCGGUUCUGUAGUGUUUCAAGUAGUUGCAACGGAUCCUGACGACCCCACGCAGCCGUCCGGACAGCUCGUGUAUUCAAUACAACAGAAUAAUGCCGACGCUAAAGCAUUUGCUAUUGAUCCUCAGAGCGGUAUGAUCACGACGCAGCAGUCGCUGGACCGGGAGCGGCAGAGCGAGUACACGCUGGUGCUGGCGGUGGCGGACCGCGGCGCGCCGCCGCAGCAGGCCAGCCGCAUCGUCACACUCCACGUCCGCGACAUCGACGACCACAAGCCGCACUUCGCGCGCACACUGGAUGAUCCUCCAAUUUUGAUGACGACAAAUGAAGAAGUGCCACUGGGUACUGUUAUAGGAAAACUGGAAGCUAUAGAUGAAGAUAUCGGUGAUAAUGCAGCCAUUGAUUACGCUAUUACAGACGGUAACGAGUUGGGUUUAUUGAAGUUGGAGCGGAGCAACGAUAGUAAGGCGUUAAUCAAAGCGGCCGCGAGGUUGGACAGAGAGACAACCUCUCGGGUAUUACUAACCAUCAAGAGCUUCAAAUAUGGCACUUACCCUGAAUUUAAUAAAAGCUAUAACCGUUUGGACCCAUCGGAAAUCCAAGUUUUAGUAAAAAUAUUGGACAUAGACGACCAUUUACCGGAGUUCGAAAGUCAGAAUCUAACGAUAGGUGUGCGUCUCAACGUGCCCGUCGAUACUAAGAUAGCGACCGUGCAGGCUGCGGACAAGGACCCGGAGGCCUUGCCCAUUCACUAUAGAAUCCUCAACAUGAGCUUCGAAUCACCGAUUAAAUCGAAAUCUUUAACCAAUUUGACUGAUGUUAUGCUUCUAAAUAAUUCAACAGGAGAAUUGAAAAUAAUGAAGAAUUUGCUGCAUUAUGCUGAUGGAAUUUUCAAAUUGGUGAUACGUGCCAACAAUUCGCUUGAUGCUGAACGAUUUAGUGAUUUGUUGGUUGAGGUGGUGGUGGUGCGGGAGCGCGACCUGCUGCGGCUGGUGGUGUCGCGGCGCGGCGCGCUGCCGGCGCUGCGCGCGGAGCUGGCCGCGCUGCUGCAGGCCUCCCAGCUGCGCCUGCACAUGCACGACGCCCCGCACUCCACCUUCUAUGAUAACGCUGGGCCGUGUUUCCAAUUCCGCGCGUCGUCCGGCGAGGCGCUGUCGCCCGCGGCGAUGAAGGCGGCGAUGCGGCGGCUGGGCGGCGCGCUGCAGCGCGUGCUGGCGGCGCACGACGUGCGCAACAUCACGCAGUGCGGCGCCGCGCGCGCGCACCACUCGCCCGCGCAGGCCGCGCUGCUGGCGCUCGCCGCGCUGCUGCUGCUGGCCGCGCUGCUCGCCGCCCUCGCGCUCUGCCUCAUGCACUCCGCAGCCAAGAAACGAGCUCGCAACGGGUUGCUGAGUGCAAGAGAAGCUGCAAGCCACGAGUCCGCGCCCUCGCGACUGUAUGCGGAACCACUUUAUUCUAUUUAAUACCACGUACUUAAACAUUCAAGAGACAAUACUUAAAAAUGGCAAUAUCGAUAAUUGACUGUUAACCCUUAAUUCGAUAUCCCAUGUGAUGAUUAAACAAAAUGUACUGAAAUUAUUCAGAGAAAAAUAUAUGAGAUUUUUAGUGACAAAGAACCUACGUUAGAAGUUAAGUGUGAAUCGAUUGACGUAUAAAAAUAAUAUUCAAGACUAAGGAACGACCAUAAAUUAUUCGUUUAUUUAAAUAAUGCUAAUCUUUUUAUUUCUAUCUGCUUUACGUCAAUAAUUAAAAUAAGAUAAUUAGUUAAA